AUGGAUGUUGACGGGAUCGUCACCAUGGAGACAAAAGUCAUCGCAUGUCUAAAAGCAUCUCUCGAUAAUGAAGCAUUUGUGAACUUGGUCAAAUUGCUCGCCCUAAACCGUAUCGCAAAUGGGCGAAAAAAGCUUUUCCAGUCGCAGUACUCAGCUUGUCUUUCUUAUGGUUAUCAGUUUAUCAAAGGUCCCGCUUAUGCAGCACAAUCUGAAGAGCACGCGGAAAACGCGCGCAGGUACUUGCUGUCCCAUGCUUCGGAACCCGCAGAGAUUGAUGUGGACAAAGUUUCUGAUCGGGUGCAUCCUCGUACCAUAAUGCUGAUCAUCUUACUUACGUACUACACUCUGGCCAGAGCAAAGUUACUUCUCAAUAAGUGA